AUAAAUAAAGGACAUUAUAAAAGUUAUAUGCGGUGUGUGUUGAUCAGAUCGAGAAGAUGACAACAGCCUCAAAUCCAACAAGAUCAAGGCGUAUCCGCACAUAACACUCAUAGUAAUAUGAUAUCACAUUACGACGGAAUAUAUUCGUCUAUAGUUAAGACGAAGAUUUGCUACGCUGAAAUAUACUGUCGCUAUAAACCGAGUUUGCUGUUUGAACGGUUCGUAAACAGAAGCAUUAGUAGGUGUUAUGAUUGAAUGUGACACUUUGCAUGCAAAUGGUUUGGUCGAACGCCACUAGUCAAGCGUGAGGAAUACUUCUCAAUAUUGCUGCGGUGUUUGAAGUUAUACGAAAUAUUAUCGAAUAUACAAAACUAGCAAAAGGAUUGAAAAUGGAACUAUGGGUCAAAUUGAAAUGGUUUUUAGAAUGGAUUUUCACAGCGAAUUCUGAAAAGUCGAAAGGAAGUCAAAACAACGACAAUGGUGUCCAAGCAGAAUACAAAGGAAUCUCAGACGAGAUCUCAGACGAUGACAAAGAAACUACAUACACCGAUGUUGAUUUUCUGAAAUCUCGUUCAAUCGACGAAAUUCUGGAUGAAACAGGAUUGAGAUUUUUUCAUUGGAAAGUGUUCCUCUUAAUUUGUGUUCAACAUACGGUAGACGCACUUGGAAAUUCCAUUUUAUCCGUGAUACUUCCGAAACUAAAAUCAGACUGGGAUAUGUCUUCAAUCAUGGCUGGGGUAUUGACACUCUCGAUAUCAGCCGGACUGAUGGCAGGCGUUUCGUUUUGGGGUUGGGUGUCGGACAAAUACGGGAGAAAAUAUUCACUUAUUGGCAGUACGACGUUCAUACUUGUUUUCUCAUUUGUGGGCGCGUUUUCAAUGAACUACUACUGGCUUUGGAUAAACCUUUUCUUUGUCGGCUUCGGGGUGGCGAUUAUAGAUCUAGGUUACGUUGUGAUAGUGGAGUUUUUCCCACCAAAACAUCGAACUAUGUUUUCUGUAUUAACUGCAAUCUUCUGGAGUUUAGGAUUUCUAUGUUCGGCUGUUGUUUCGAUGGAGAUUUUGGUGAUUGGUUAUCAUUGGGCUCUGGCUACCGUGUGUUUUCCGACUGCAAUUGUCCUUAUCGGUCUGAUAUUUCUCCCAGAGACUCCCUAUUAUCACCUUGCAGCUGGGCACGAGCAGAAAGCUUUGAAUAUUCUACAAAAUAUAGCGCCUGAAAUGGAUUUAAGCGACACAAGACUUCGGAAACACGGUCCUGAGACACAGAGAGCAGAUUUCACACAGCUAUUUCGAUUAGGUUAUUGGAAAAUAACAAUAUGCGCCUGUAUCGCGUGCUUCGGAACCCUGAUGAUGUAUGACGGUUUAAUAUACACCGCGUCUGACGUUGCAGGCAGUAAAAAAUUUACAUCUUCAACGAAUGACACGCGAAACCGCGAUAAGAUGUAUUCCAUUAUGAUCUGGAUGAACUUGCCUGAAAUUCUGAUCGUUUGCAUAACUGGUUUAAGUUGCUACGUUUUUAGAGUAAAAGUUUUGACCUUAAUUAUUAUAGUCUUGGCAAUUUUAUCACAGAUUAUCGCUCUAUUUGUCGUAAACCAUGGAAUGCCAUUACUCAUAGUCACAAUGUUAUCUCGAAGUUUCCUUGUGACAAACGCAACUCUAAUGCCGUUAUUUGCAUCGCUGGUUUAUCCGACAGAAAAUCGUGGCAUUGGAGUUGGAACUUGUGUGUGUGUUGGAAACAUUGGGACAAUUCUAGGACCGUUCAUCUUCGAGACAUUCUUUGCCCAAGAGUAUUUUAAUGGAAUUGUAUUUAAUGUUGCGAUAUUAUCCGUGACAUUUAUAGCAACUGUCUUGCUGCCGUCGCCAAGCGCCACGUUAAGCUAAGCUACCAUCAGUUAGAUUUAGAUUCGAUAUUUUAAAAUAAUUUUCAUUAAUUAAUGUGUAUGUCCACACCACUGGUCCACACUAGCUGUCGUCGAUGUUUUUGAGAUCAGAGUUGAAAUUUUUAACCAUUGAACUUAAAAGAACUGGAACGCUACCUUCGGCGGGAAAUUUUAAGUCAAAUCUUGAGGUCAUGCACAGUUUUUUCACGUAACAAAACACGCGGUGUUUUGAAAUUUUAAAAAUAAUUUUUUAACAUGCAGAACUAAAACAUCUUUUAGAGGACGUAAAGUGCAUUUUCCACAGUAUUUUUAUUGUAAAAACAUCCGUCAAAAGUAUCUGAAAUUUAUAUAUGUAUGAUACUCGCAAUUAAAUUGCUCUUUUUUAUUGAAAAACGUAAAACGUGGAGACUGCAGUCGCUGUGGAAGUCGACAAACUUUGUAAAAACCGUUUCAAUUUGCCCAAUGGUUCCAUUUUCACCACUUUCACAAAUUUCACCACUUUCGAAAGGAUCAGCUAUAUAUAAAGUAUUAUUAUAUUUGUAUAGAGAUUUAUGCACAGCAGAAUGAUGAAAUAAAAAUCGUAAUUCACUGUGUAAAUUAAUUUCUUGCAAUUUGACUGGACGUACGA